AUGAAGAAUGGACUUUUUGUAGAUGAGGAGGCCAGUAGUGAUGCUGAGCAUGAUAGACAAGAGCAGGGGAGGGAGAAAGAAAUGGAGGAGCAGGAACAACUGGAACAGGAACAGGAACAGGAACAAGUGAUUGGGGAGAUUGUACCCGAGGAAGUUGAACCACAAGUUGAACCACAGGUUGAAUCUCAAGUUGAAUCUCAAUCUGAACCUCUGGACACACCUGAAGUACUUGCGGUACCCGCAGUGCCUGACCCUACAGAUCUAGCCUAUGAACAAAGAUUAUUACGAGAUAUAUCCAGAACUGAAACAUUUCUCAAACAAGCAGAUAUAGCCAUAGAAAAUUUAUUAAAUGGAGGAGAAAAUAAACUUGAUAUUGAAGAAUCAAAUUUUGAAGGGGGUAUCCUUGAUUUAAAAAUUGAGAUAAUUGCCCUUUAUGAAUCAUAUAAAACAUUAACUUAUUUCCCCGAUAAAAACGAUUCUAUAGGCACUGCCACCACUUCGACCGUGUUAAACUCGUUAGUGGAUGAACAUAAGGAAGUUGCUAAACAUUAUAAACAACAACAAGAACAAACAAGGGAGGCAUUGAGUAAUAAUAAAAAAGUAUUAGACGAAUUUUCUAAAUUUGGAGAAUUAUUAGAAGAAGAAAUCAAACAACAAAAAACUAAAUUGUAUAGGAUAGAUGAUGAAGUUACCGAGAUUAAGGAUACUGACAAUCAAACAGAAUAUAUUGAGAAAAAGAUUCAAAUCGGAGAAGAUACCUUGAGAGAGUUAUUGGAGUAUGAGGGACAAGUGACAGAAUAUGUGCAGUAUAUCUGUCAAGAACAUUAUAAUGGUAAGAAUGACGAGGAUGUCUUGGCGGAGUUUGUAGGAUCAUUAAUGAAGUCACGGUCCACCAAGAACGAACAAGAUAAAUGGGUGAAAUUAAGUACCACAAUUGAAAACAGUAAAUUCAUAAAAUCGUUAGUACUUCAUGAUUUAAUCGUUGCACGAAUUGGUACACCUGGAGUGUACAAGUUGCGAGAUUUUGGACUAAAUAAUUAG